UGUUCUCUUGACCUCCAGGCCAAGACAAGGGUGCUGAAAGCCGGACUUGGAGUCAAAGAGAGAUGAGCAGUCCUCAGCCAUUGCAGGAGGAAAGAUAUGAUAUGUCAGGUGCCCAUCUGGCCCUGACACUGUGUGUCACCAAAGCCCGAGAGGGUUGUGAGGCAGACAUUGAUGCCCUGGAACGCAUGUUCCGUCACCUGAAAUUUGAAAGCACCGUGAAGAGAGAUCCCACUGCACAGGAAUUUCUGGAUGAGAUGGACAAAUUUCAGCAGACCAUAGAUAAUUGGGAAGAGCCUGUCAGCUGCGCCUUCGUGGUGCUCAUGGCACAUGGCGAGGAAGGCUUUCUCAAGGGAGAAGACGACAAGAUGGUCAGACUGGAGGAUCUGUUUGAGGUCUUAAACAACAAGAACUGCAAGGGCCUGAGAGCCAAGCCGAAAGUGUACAUCAUUCAGGCCUGCAGAGGAGAGCACAGAGACCCCGGCGAAGAAGUAGGUGAAGAACAGGUCUCUGCGAUCACAAAGGACAACCUCCAAACUAUCCCAACCUUUACGGAUGCCCUCCACAUCUAUUCUACAGUAGAGGGGUUCAUCGCCUAUAGACAUGACCAAAAAGGCUCUGCCUUCAUCCAGACUGUGACAAAUGUGUUCACGAAUAGAAAAGGAAGCAUCAUAGAACUGCUAGAAGAGGUAACCCGGAUUAUGGCAGACAUGGAGGUGAUUCAGGACGGAAAACCAAGGAAAGUGAACCCUGAAUUCCAAAGCACCCUCCGGAAAAAGCUCUAUCUGCAAUAAAAGAAGGGCAGUGAUGGUUGUCCCUCAGGGGCUUUCUCUCUGCCCCCACAGAUAUUUAGACCAGGACCACCACUCCUCAAAGAUGAUUACUGGAGUCUUCCUUCAUCACAGCCCUUUAUCCAUGUCAUUUUUAAAGCAAGCCAGACAUAUAUAGCUCAUUAGUAUCAGCUUCCUUUGGCUGGUCUCCCUGCUUCUGUUAACACACCUCAGAUUGCCUUCCUAUAGCUACCUUUCUGCUCCUUUGCUUCACCAAGCCUUCCUCUCCCUCCUGUGACUUUACAUACAAAAAAUAAACAAAAAGUCUUUCCUACUUCAGAGGAAGGAGCCUUCUGAACAAUUUCUAGAAACUUCCACUAACCUCCAGCUAAGGUCACCGCUGUGGGAUUUUGGCCCAAGGCUAGAAGAUAGGUCAGCCAUGUUGUCUUUCAAGUAUAUGUACGGUUCAUGGCUUUAUGGAGGUGUCUGUCAUUAUGAACACUCACAGAUUAAGGGUCUUUUCUUUAUGUUCCUGCUUCCCAAUAUUUCCUAACUUCCUCCUUGUAUUGACCUUUGCCUGGGGAUUGUUUCCACGGCUCAUACACUCCUCACAUCCCUCCAGCUCACUUUGAAAUGGCUUUUGAAUCUGUCUCUCUUCUCUUCCCCAGCACCUUCAAGGCUCAGCCUGGGGGAUCCUAACUUUGCUGCAAAGAGGACCCUUCCUCAUCUCUCUGCCCACCCUGUGGGAGAAUUCUCUCUGGAACACUGUAAAAGAUACAGUGAGCCCUGAGACCAAAGAUACUUAGGUAGCUCAUCCGUGUUUCUCAUGCUCGGCUUACAAUUCAUCAUUGUGGGGGAUUCAAAGCAGAAAGUGCAACAGCUAGUGGCAGCACAGAAUAAGAACUCUUAUUCAAAAACAAAGAACUGGAGCAUGAAGCAAUCACACCAAAAUAACCCAAAGGACUUGAGUAGCGCCUACCCUCCAGCUACUAACCUUCCAACCAUCUUAUUCCAAAGGGCCUGUCCCAGUGAAGGAGAUAUCAUGUUAAUGACACUGACCUCUUUGACUAUCUCAGAGGCUUCUUCAGCCCCAUCAUGAUCAACACACCAAUUCUUAGUCAAAAUGUCUAUGAAUAGCCCCUGUUCCUGAGAGAGUCCAUAUUCCUCUCCAAAACCCCAUGAGGUAGGCCACAACUGUCUAAGCUACCAUAAAACAGCUUACUAGCUCUGUCUCCAGGACUCAAUGACUUUUCCAGCCCCGUAUACCCAAAGCUUUCACAUACCUGCUACAAAACCUGUCCAGGGCAUAAAAGCCACAUGAUCAAGUCUAUCACAACAAUCACCCCACCUCCUUGGUAUCAAGUU